AUGCUUACCACUGGCCAUUAUUCUCAUUUCCGCAUACAGGAAGAUGACACACUUUCAUGCAGUAGCACGGGAAGUGGUAUUCCAAGUGAUAUAAGACCUAGUUCCGCCUCUCGAUCAAUCCUACCUACACAGACCUCCUUCGCCACCACCUCCAUCAACCAGCCACCGUCAGGCCGACUUCGGCAUUCACCAAUGCUAACCGCGAACUAUACUGGCCAGCUAAUUCGCUUCGCUGGUCACUCCGCCAAUAGCUUUCAACAUUCUAUCCAACCGUUGCACUCUCACUCACUACUCAAACCGUCCUCAGGCUCAAUUCCUCUUCAUGUACCCUCGAGACAGAUGUACUCUCAGCAUAAUACAGAAGUCCAUGCGAGCCUUAUUGCAGCGUUGUCAUCACCAACACCAUCUCUGGCACUUGAUAAUCGACCGGACUCCAAUGGCUCUCUGUUCCUCUUCUCAGAGAAUGAUUUCCCUAUUCAGGAUCCCCCCUACUUGAGUACUGGUAUUCUUGAUCAUCAAAGGGAAGUCGCUGUUACUACUUGCCCAGUUUGGGUCACUGGUGUACUUGGUGGGACUAAGGAUGCAGAUGGCAACGACAAAGGCAAACAUAAAAUGAAUGAGGAUGAACGUACAGCCGUUAACGCAGUCAAUUCUGCACAUCGUCUGAGCCCUAGUUCUACCGCUAGUUCAAAUGCACUGACAUGUCUCACAAUUGAUAAAACUGGUAAGAGUGAUGUGUCUCUUUUGAAUCGUGAUAGGGCCCUAACAAAUCCUGUCUUUUUUACUCCUGGCUCCACCUCUUCAUAA